AUGGAGUACACAUUCUCACGCACGAGGCCCCCAACCUCCCCAAGAAGCCCACAUAAUUCCCAGCAUAGCUCCGAGAAUGGAAUCCCAAGCUGGAACAGACUGGGGACCGUCUCUGACAGCAACACGACCCCUUCUGACUGGGAAACGGUACAGUCCCUCGAAGGGUCCGGUAUGUACGAGCUGACAGGAAACCAACGCAUGUUGGAAAACACAGCGGUUCCCGUCAAACGAUCCCUGAUAACGAACACUUUCACUCCAACAGGGCAGGAUGUGAGAGGCAACCAGAGGGCUGUCCCGCCAGCCAUGUCGCUCCCGAGACUCCCGGAUCUAAGGGCUCAGCCAUGUUUCCUAUCAGAACAGUCUGCCUGGUCAACCUCGAGCGACGGAGACGCAGACAACACAAGAUCUGCGGAGCACCUCCUCGCCACGGAUCCCUGGCUCGACGAAAGCCCCUCCACAGAAGGCUACCACAAAUCCCCGCUCACCGAGCUCAUGUGCAGACGAGCCUCCAAAUGCUCCAGCAGCACCAAUGGGGACCCAUUUGGCUUUGAUUCUGGACGGUACUACACGUCCCAUGCUGACGGCAUCCAGCACACCGGGUCUGACCGUGGUAUCAUGAACGGAGACCUGGCAUUGGGAGACGAGUCGCCCUUAUCUCAGGCCCGAACCGAUCCAUCAGCCUAG